AUGUCACCAGUAGCUAGGGACGGUACUGCGGUCUCGGAAAAUCAGUUAUUAAAUAAUUUGGAUUGGUCUUGCCGAAUCAAAGAAAUCUGGAAUUUCCAGUUUCGCGAUAAUCCCCAUGACCAAAAAGCAGCAAAAAAAAUACAAACCUGGUUUCGCGAGACUCAAGAGCGACGAAAAAGGAGUGUUCGCGACCCAAUUUUGGAAAAGAUUUACAAUGAAAUAAGCAAUUUCUGCCAGGAGUUUGCCGUAAAACAGAAGGGUGAAAUAGCGGUACGCAAGUAUAAUUUACUCUUGAGAGGUUCGACGGUUGACACAAUCGUUGAAUUGAUCAAAUUACAGAGCAUUAUGGAUAAAAACAAUAAUUAUUUGGGAAAAUUGAAAAAAAGAGGAUAUGAUCUUGAAAAAUGUGUGGAGCUAGAGGAAGAACUAAAGUAUGUCCAACAAGAAGUUGAUCAGCUACUAGAUUCAUUAUCUAUUACCGAAAACAUGGAAAAACAUGAGGAAGCAGAUGUUGAAUGGUUGGAAAACGAAUUGCAACAGGCAACGAGUGUCAUCGACAGGGUUCUGGAAUGGAUAGAGGAAUAUGAAUCAUUGAAUAGCUUAGCCAUAUUUUGUCCAAGUGAACAAUACGGUUGUGCCUGGCCUCAACUUCGAGCAAAAUCCAAGAGAGAAAAAGAAAUGAAAUCCGCUCCCAAAUACAGUAUAGCAUUCACACUCGCCACGUUGUUAUUGCUGUCCGCUGCGCCAUAUUUGUCGCUGGCAAGAACUGCUGCAGAAUGGAGAACUCGAACCAUUUAUCAAUUAUUAACAGAUAGAUUUGCUCAAACACCAGGUCAAGAAAAUCCUCAACUAUGCUCUAAUAAUGAAAAUGAAUAUGAAAUUAGACAUUAUUGUGGUGGAACUUUUUCGGGAAUUAUUAACAAGCUCGAUUACAUUAAAGAUUUGGGUUUUGAUGCGUUUUGGAUUAGUCCGGUUGUAAAACAAGUUGAGGGUGAAACGAGAUAUGGUGUUGGAUGGCACGGAUAUUGGGCCCAAGACCUUUAUCAAAUUAAUCCACACUUUGGUACGGCUGAUGAGCUCAAGAAACUCAUUAAAGCUGCUCACGAGAAAGACAUUUGGGUUAUGAUUGACGUAGUGCCAAAUCAUAUGGGUCCACAGGAUGGAAAAACUCCGUGGACCGAAGAAUAUGUUAAAAUAUAUAAUCCAUUUAAUAAAAUUGAAAAUUUUCACUAUUAUUGUGACAUUAAUAAUCCUGGGGAUCAAGGAAAUGUUGAAUAUUGUAGUCUUGGUGGUGAUUUGCCAUUGCCCGAUCUUGACACGGAAAAUCCCGUAGUGGCCUCUGAAUUAAACAAAUGGAUCAAUUGGUUGGUCAAAGAAUUCGGUUUCGAUGGUAUACGUAUCGAUACAGCGAAGCACGUUCGGCAUAGUUUUUGGGAUGCGUUCACUCAAAGUAGUGGAGUAUUUUCAAUCGGUGAAGUAGCGGAUUCUAAUGCAGGAUUUGUAGGAUCUUAUCAAGGGCAUAUGGAUAGAAAUUUUAUUGAUGGUCAUGAUCAACCGAGAUUUAACCAUUUAACUCAAGAUAAAGUUUUGGUUCGUAACGCGUUGACCUUUAUCAUGUUAAUAGAUGGUAUUCCGAUUAUAUAUCAAGGAACCGAACAAGAAUUUACAGGACGUUCAACGGGAAGUGAUCCGUUUAAUCGUGAAGCGCUCUGGCCAUCUUCUUAUUCGCAAUCGUCUCCCUCGUACAAAUUCAUCGCUACUCUCAAUUCAUUCCGUAAAGCUUUACCUGGAACAUUCUUCUCUUCAUUAUCUAUCGAAGCUUGGAUAGAUGAACAUAUUUAUGCAUUUAUUAAAGGCAAGGCAUUAAUCAUCACCUCUAAUUAUGGUGGAAAUAAUCCAAAUAGAGAUUUAGUUAUACAAGGAAACGGAAGAUGGCCUGUUGGUGAUGUUUUAGUUAAUAUUGUAAGAUGUGAAGAAAAGAUUACUAUUGAUGAAUCUCAUAAUGUCCCGGUUCGAAUUAAUGGUGAACCAAAAGUACUUUAUCCCGAGAAAGACUUGAAAGGUCUUGGCAUUUGCAAAAAUGCCGAUUUGAAGAUCACAUGA